AUGGAGGCUCAUGAAUUACAAGUCUCGGGGAAGCAAGAGGCUGCCACAGAUUCACAGAGCACGGAUACUCCAAAGGAAAACAGCAAAGAGUUUGAAGCGAACAGUAUGAGGGUCGCCGAAGAUCAAACUAGAGUGAAGAGGCUGUUCAAUUUUACACAGAUCUUUUUCUUCGCCUUAACUUUUAUGUCCAGCUGGGAAACCAUGGCUCUCAACCUGCUAGCCGUUUUCACUAAUGGCGGUCCGCAGGCCCUGGCAUGGGGUAUCUUUGUUGUAGUUGCGGGAGCACUGGCACAGUCUGCCUCUCUCGCCGAAAUGGCGGCUAUGCAGCCUAUUGCUGGUGCACAAUACCAUUGGACUCACCACUUAGCACCUGCUAAGCAUAGAAGAUUCAUUACAUGGAUGCAAGGCUGGAUUACAUGGUUUGCCUGGGUUUCCCUUCUCGCUGGCGUCGCAAACACCACGGCCAAUAUGAUCCAGGGCCUAAUUACUGUCAACUAUCCCAACUAUGUGCCAGAGCGAUGGCAUCUUACUCUAAUUAUAUUCGCAAUCCUCAUCGUCGAAGGGCUGAUGAAUAUGUAUACUUUCUGGCUUAUACCAUGGGUAGAAUUAAUCGCCGGCAUUCUUCACAUCGUGUUGUUUGUUGUCUUCGUUGUGGUCCUUGUGGCGUUGGCUCCACGCCAUAGUCCAAGCUUUGUUUUCACCAAAGAGGCAUCUUCAUCGGGCUGGAACAAUAAGUUUGUUUCCUGGAACCUUGGACUGCUUACUCCGACAUGGGGGUUUGUUGGCUUUGAUGGCGCCGUCCACAUGAGCGAGGAAGUCCGACGUGCCAAAAAGGCCAUGCCGCGAUCUAUCUUCUGGACCGUUGCGACCAAUAGCGUCCUUGCCUACGCCAUAAUUAUUGUGAUUCUCUUUACAAUGGGCCCCCUAGACAAUGCUUUGAAGUCGAGUUUCCCAAUAAUUGAGAUCUGCCGGCAAGCCACUGGUUCUGUCAAAGCUGCAACUUCAAUGGUGUGUGGAUUACUUAUCAUAUCGCUGGCCGUCAACCUUGCUAGCAUUGCUUCUACUUCGCGCUUGACCUGGGCUUGGUCUCGAGACGGGGCUCUCCCAAGCUGGUUUUCACACAUUGACAACAAGCAUUGUGUUCCUGUCCGCGCAGUUUGGCUUCCAAUUGCAAUUGUCAUGGUUCUUGCAUGUCUGAAUGUUGCUAGCAUAACAGCCUUUGGUGCUUUCAUUGCACUCUCAUCACUUGGCCUUUUCACUUCAUACCUAAUCGCUAUUGGAUGCAUGGUUCAUGCCCGGUUCUUUCAAAAAGAUACUCUCCAGUUUGGUGAAUGGAAGAUGGGUAAGCUUGGGCUGCCAGUUAACAUUUUUGCUAUUAUCUAUACACUCUAUGUCAUUAUCUGGCUCCCUUUCCCAUCUCUUUUGCCAGUCACUGGUGAGAAUAUGAAUUAUUCUCUUCCAAUAUUCACUGCCAGCACGCUGUUCGCACUGCUCUUCUGGUACCUACGGGCCAAAAAGCAUUGGCGGGGACUCAACAAGGAAGUCAUCCGGCUUGUUGUGGAAGGCGGAGAGCUGAAUUUUAAAUAA